GGGCUGAUGGCUGUACUAUACUUUGCAAUGCUCUUGUUCUCUUUGUCGUUCUGCAUAUAUUGCUUAGUCUUUUUGUAUUUAGUGAUGUUUUUGUUAGUUCCCACCCUUUUGGGCGUGUGACAUCAUGAUAGGGGGUACCUUGUAUUAUUCCUAUAUAUACCUGCAUUUCUUGAGUAUAUACUUACCUGUUGAUAAAGGCAUGCUUGGCGAAACGCGUCCUGGUUGUAGGACACAUUGAUUUGAUGCAAUAAAACAUCAUAACGUAUUGUCAAGACACGACUGCUGGGAUUUCUUCUACACUUCAAGUGGAGAUUGCUUCUAUCCCGUGCGGCGUGCGUGCUGGCUGAUUCAUUUUCUUAGUCCAUAAAAAUAAACAACUUUUUUCCUCUGUUCAUAAAAAAAAAAGAAUGAUGUGUUUGUGACUUUUUUGAGGCUGCUGACACUUGACUAGAUUACUUUGGUGGUAAUUAUCAGUUUAUAGCUCGCAGUAAUGAGUUCUUAUCAGUAUAUUGAGCUAUAGACAUGUGUUCAUUAUAAUCUUUAUCUUUCAUUAUGGUUUUCCAAUGUAUUUGUAAAAAUGGCUGUCCAUGAUUUUGGGUUAAGUUGCCCAGGAAAAAGAAAAAUUCUAGUUGGCAACCCUUCUGCAGGAUCCAUGGCCAGUCUGCUUGUGUAGAUGAUCUCAUGGAUUGCACCAUUAGUUUUUGCUGUUGCUUUUUACUGAAUGGGAAAAUACUGGUUAAAAACGGCAUAAAAAAGAGCUUUUAGCUGACAGGAAUUUUAGCUGACAGUUUAUCUGUAGCAACCAGUGUCGGGCAGAUGCAGCCAAGGCUACUAAUCAUGGGCUGCACCAAAAAGGGUAUAGAUGACCAUGACAAGGACAUAGUUCUAUAACUUUACAAAUCACUAGUCAGACUGCAGGUUCAACUUAGAUGGAUGAUCAAAAUUAUGGUUAAUUAGUGUAGAAAAAGAGGGGUGAUCUAAUAUUGAUGUAUAAAUAUAUCAGCGGUCAGUACAGAGAUCUUUUCCAUUAUGUAUUUAUUCCCAGGACUGUAAUGAGAGGACAUCCUCUACAUAUAGAGGAAAGAAGUUUUUCUAGUAUGGACAUAGAAGAGGAUUCUUUACUGUAAGAGCAGUGAGACUAUAGAACUCUCAGCCAGUGUAAUGGUGAACUCACUAAAAUAGUUUGAGAGGGUUCUGGCUAUAUUUCUGAAGUGUAAUAGUAUUACAAAUUAUAGUUACAAAAAUUCUGGAGUAGGGUCAUUGAUCCAGGGUGUUAUUCUGAUUGCCAGGUUUAGACAGGGAAAGGAUUUGUCUCCUAAGAUGAGUAAAAUUGACUUCUAUCUGAUGGGAGUUUCUCCUUCCUCUGGAUCAACAGGCUGAACUGGAUGGAUGUCUUUUUUCAGUUUUACAAUGUUACUAUAAUGUUUCUCUGUUAUGACACAUAUUAAUGGCAUCUUUUUGUGUUACACAGCUUUAUAGCUCCAUACUCUAUCAAUCAUGUGGCUCCUCCUGCUGGUCUUAGUGGGAAUUAUUCUUUUAUACAGAUGGCACAGGCAGAGUCAGAUACUGGAGAACCUCUCAGAUAAAUAUGUCUUCAUCACUGGAUGUGACACUGGAUUUGGAAAUCUGCUGGCAAAGCAAUUGGAUAAACGUGGAAUGAAGGUUCUGGCCGCUUGUUUGACAGAUACAGGAGCUGAGAACCUAAAAAAGGAGACAUCAAGUAGAGUGCAAACCAUGGUCCUUGAUGUCACUGAUAGUCAGGGUGUGAGAUCUGCUGCUGACUGGAUUGAACAGCAUGUCAAAGAAGAAGGAUUAUGGGGUCUUGUGAAUAAUGCUGGCAUUUCUAUACCUACAGCCCCCAAUGGGUGGCUGAAUAAAGAUGAUUUUGUCAAGGUGCUCAACGUCAAUUUACUUGGCAUGAUUGAUGUGACACUAAAUCUACUUCCUCUUAUCAUGAGAGCCAGAGGACGAAUCAUUAAUGUGUCCAGUGUGAUGGGCAGAUUGGCAUUUGUGGGAGGAGGAUAUCCCAUUUCCAGAUUUGGAGUAGAAGCCUUCUCCGACUCUAUGAGGCGUGAACUUCGCCCCUUUGGGGUUAACGUUUCUGUCAUUGAACCUAGUUCAUAUAAAACACCAGCUACACAUGUGGAGACUACAAUACAAAGCCUACAUUCUGUCUGGUCCCAGGCUCCUCAGUGGGCGAAGAAAACCUAUGGACAACAUUAUUUUGGAGUUUAUUGCAGGUUCAUCGAAUAUAAACUAUCUAGGUGCAACCCUCACAUAACGCAGGUGACUGACUGCAUGGAACACGCCCUGACUGCUGUAUAUCCUUGGACACGGUAUUCUGCAGGAUGGAUAACCAAACUCUUCUACCUCCCAGUAUCUUAUCUUCCAACUUUCAUGUCAGAUUGUCUACUGGCUCAUCCUGUGUCAAAGCCAUCAUGUUUUUGCUCUUCAAAUACUAGUACAUGACUUGAUUAAUACAGUCCUUCAUGUUUGGCUAGAAUAUUAAAAUAGAUUGAAAUAUCAUUAUUAAACUUUUUGACUGUAA